UUGUAAUACACUACACGGUAAGUAAUUAAUGGUGGGGAGCGAAAUUGCAUCCUCCCUCCCUCCCCUCAGCUCCUCCGUCCCUUCCAACUUUCCCUGACUUCCCCACCUUGCAAAAUUUUCCCGGAAAAUAUGAUUGACGAGAAAACCCAUCACAAACCCAAAAACCCAUGCUAGAAUUUUCCACUACACUUUCUCACUAACCAAACACUCCAAAUCGCCACACAACCCCCACCAUCUUCCUCAAAACCCUAAGAAAACCCACCCAUCCAUUUCUUCGAUUCUCCGCCUUACAAACAUAUCUGCGUUGGACGCCAUGACCUGAUUGGAGCACAACAGUCUCUGUAAAUACAGUGAAAUCUAGGAGGAGAGGAUAUGGGGGCUUCGCUCUCGAACCUGACGGAGGGGGCGAACGGGUCUGGUCAUGGACCGGGUCUUGGCGACAUACCGGAGAGCUGUGUGGCCUGCGUCUUCAUGUACCUGACUCCGCCUGAGAUUUGCAAUCUUGCGAGGCUCAACAGGGCGUUUCGCGGUGCGGCGUCGUCUGAUUCGGUUUGGGAAUCCAAGUUGCCCCCAAAUUACCAUGAUCUACUCGAUUUGGUGCCUCCUCAGAGGUACCAAAAUCUCUCUAAAAAGGACAUCUUUGCUAUGCUCUCCCGCCCUGUACCCUUCGACGAUGGCAAUAAGGUAGUGUGGAUAGACAGGGUCACAGGGAGGGUUUGCAUGUCGGUUUCUGCCAAGGGGAUGGCGAUAACUGGGAUCGAAGAUAGGCGAUACUGGAACUGGAUUCCUACUGAAGAAUCUAGGUUUCAGGUGGUGGCGUAUUUACAGCAAAUAUGGUGGUUUGAAGUAGAUGGGGUGGUGAAGUUCCCAUUUCCUGCUGAUAUCUACACUUUGUCUUUCAGGCUUCACAUUGGAAGAUUCUCAAAAAGAUUGGGACGACGUGUCUGCAAUUUUGAGCACACCCAUGGUUGGGAUUUAAAGCCCAUGCGAUUUGAGUUGUCGACUUCAGAUGGACAGCAAGCAUCAUAUGAAUGCUGCUUGGAUGAAAUUGAACAUGAGGAUGCAUAUGGAAACCAUAAGCGUGGAUGCUGGGUUGAGUACAAGGUUGGUGAAUUUACUGUCACCGAUACAGAUCCAGUAACAGAAAUUAAGUUUUCCAUGAAACAGAUUGAUUGCACACAUUCGAAAGGUGGGCUAUGCGUGGAUUCUGUGUCUAUCGUCCCCAGUGAUUUGAAAGAAGAUAGAAGAAGAGGGGUCUGGAAGUAAGCCAAGCCCUAAACAGGGAAGUUGAUCAUUCGCAACAGUGAUCCCACAAGAUUGAAGCUGGGAUUUGUAAUACAGCUUAUACUUUGAAAAAGGCACAAGGUGUUUUGGAGGAUGGAGGAUGUCAUCUUAUUUGGUUUUUGCAGUAGGUGUGUGUCCUCUAUGGUUUCUGUAACUUGAGUUCAUGUAUUUGAUCCAAGUUUUAUUCCAUUGUAUACCUUUGCAGAUUAGAUUAAGUGAAUACACUUGGUUGUUGCCUUGUGUUUGUCGGUUGCUCACUGUAAAGCAUUUUGUAACCUAGAUAUAUGUGAUGUCUAAUAACACUGUUUGCAUUGGUUUCAUAGAUCAUGCUAGAUUCUUGGAAAAUCAUGGAUGUCGAAA